GUUCAUCAUGGCCACUGACAACCCCACCCCUGCAGCUAAACAGCAGCAGCCCGGCCUGCCUGCAUUCAAGCUGGCCAUCUUCGAGCAGGAGAACUUCCAGGGCCGUUGCCAUGAGCUGACGGGGCCUUGUCCCAACCUGCAGGAGGCUGGAGUGGAGCGGGUGGGCUCCCUCCUGGUCUUCUGUGGACCAUGGGUGGCCUAUGAGCAGGCGGGCUGCAAGGGGGAGCAGUUUGUGCUGGAGAAGGGGGAGUAUCCUCGCUGGGACUCCUGGACCAACAGCAGACGCAGCGACAGCCUCCUCUCCUUCCGCCCCAUCAAAGUGGACAGCCAGGACCAUAAGAUUGUGCUGUAUGAAGGCCCUAGCUACGCCGGCAAGAAGAUUGAAAUUGUUGACGACGACGUCCCCAGCUUCUAUGCCCACGGCUACCAGGAAAAGGUGUCGUCGGUGCGCGUCCACAGCGGCACGUGGGUGGGUUAUCAGUACCCUGGUUACCGUGGCUACCAGUACCUGUUGGAGAAGGGCGAGUACAAGGACCCUGCUGAGUUUGGAGCCCAGACCCCUCAGAUCCAGGCCGUGCGGCGUGUGCGCGAUCUGCAGUGGCACCAGAAGGGGGCGUUCCACACCCCCAGCUAA